CUGGAUGUUAAAACCCUGAGCACCUUUGGCAGGGCAGUUGAACUCUGAAAUCUGCAGCACCUGUAACAUCGAGCAGCAAUAUUUGGGAAGGAAUUGUUGUCUGAGGAAAAGCAGCAGCUUCUACUUGUGUCCCAUGCUUGUGGCCCAUGGGAGACAAGUGAAUCUGAAGUUAUACAUUAUAUAAGACGUAGGGGAUGAAAACAGUUUAUCAUUAACCUGAACCCUGCAAGAAGGACAUAAGGAGAGAAGAAGACAGCCAGAGAAGCAGCCAGGAUGGAAUCCAGCGUAAAGAUCAACAAUGCUGCGGACAUCUCUGUUAUUGUCAUCUAUUUUUUGGUAGUCCUGGCAGUGGGACUAUGGGCUAUGUUCUCAACCAACCGAGGGACAGUAGGUGGAUUUUUCCUGGCUGGCCGAAGUAUGGUUUGGUGGCCGAUUGGUGCUUCUCUAUUUGCCAGUAACAUUGGCAGUGGACAUUUUGUGGGAAUAGCAGGAACAGCAGCAGCUGGAGGAAUUGCCAUCGGAGGAUAUGAAUGGAAUGCUCUGAUAUUUGUGGUUGUUCUAGGAUGGCUGUUUGUACCCAUCUACAUCAAAGCUGGGGUGGUGACAAUGCCAGAGUAUCUGAAGAAGCGUUUUGGUGGGAAGCGGAUUCAGGUCUACCUGUCAGUCCUUUCACUGAUCCUGUAUAUUUUCACAAAGAUCUCAGCAGACAUAUUCUCUGGAGCUGUAUUUAUACAUCUGGCCCUAGGCCUGAAUCUUUAUUUGGCCAUAAUUAUCCUGCUUGCUAUUACAGCUCUUUAUACCAUCACAGGUGGCCUUGCAGCUGUGAUUUACACUGACACCUUACAAACAUUUAUCAUGGUAGUGGGAUCCUUUAUUCUUAUGGGAUUUGCAUUUGCUGAAGUAGGAGGGUAUGAUGCUUUCAUGCGGAAGUACAUGGAAGCAAUUCCAUCCAAUAUCUCCUAUGGGAAUACUACAAUAGAUCCACAAUGCUACACUCCUCGGAAGGAUGCCUUUCACAUCUUUCGAGAUGCCGUCACUGGAGAUAUGCCAUGGCCAGCGCUCAUCUUUGGUUUGAGCAUCAUUGCUUUGUGGUACUGGUGCACAGAUCAGGUUAUUGUCCAAAGAUGUCUCUCUGGCAAGAACAUGUCUCAUGUGAAGGCUGGUUGUGUCAUGUGUGGAUACCUGAAACUCUUGCCCAUGUUUAUCAUAGUGAUGCCUGGAAUGAUCAGCCGAAUUCUGUAUACAGAUGUGGUGGCUUGUGUUGUACCUGAAGUCUGUCAGGAGGCCUGUGGCACUGCAGUUGGCUGUACAAACAUUGCUUAUCCAAAGAUGGUAGUGGAGCUUAUGCCAAGAGGUCUGCGGGGUCUGAUGUUGUCAGUCAUGUUGGCCUCCCUUAUGAGCUCCCUGACUUCCAUUUUCAACAGUGCUAGUACUCUCUUCACUAUGGACAUUUACACCAAGAUUCGAACACGACCAUCUGAGAAAGAGCUUAUGUUAGCAGGAAGGUCAUUUAUGUUACUUUUAAUUGGCAUCAGCAUUGCCUGGGUUCCUGUGGUGCAAUCAGCUCAAAGUGGGCAGCUCUUUGAUUAUAUUCAGUCAGUUACCAGCUACCUGGGACCUCCCAUUGCUGCUCUCUUCCUGCUUGCCGUCUUCUGCAAGCGGGUCAAUGAGCCGGGUGCCUUCUGGGGCCUGAUAGUUGGGCUGUUGGCUGGACUCAGCAGAAUGAUUGCAGAGUUUGCCUACGGAACUGGCAGCUGUGUGACCCCUUCCAAAUGCCCAUUCAUCAUCUGUGGGAUUCACUACCUUUACUUUGCAAUCAUCCUUUUUGGGGUUUCAGCCAUUGUCAUUCUGGCAGUCUCCUUCAUGACUAAACCCAUCCCUGAUGUACACCUUUACCGCUUGUGCUGGUCUUUACGGAACAGCAAAGAAGAACGUAUUGAUCUUGAUGCAGAUGAGGAGGAGACCAAGGCUGAUGAAAAAGACGAGGAAUCAGUUCAUGAGGAAAGAGAAGAACCAGGAUGCUUGAAGAGAGUAUACAACUGGUUCUGUGGCUUAGAUCAACAACAAGCACCCAAACUGAGCAAGGAGGAAGAGGAAGCGUUGAAGAAGAAACUGACUGACACAAGUGAAGUGCCACUUUGGAGAAAUGUUGUGAAUAUCAAUGGCAUCAUCCUAUUGACUGUGGCUGUAUUUUGCCAUGCCUUCUUUGCAUAAACCUCUGAUCACAGUUCCAGAUUGUACUGUAUUGCCAAACAAAGUGAUGACUUGUAGAUUUGCAGAGUUAGAUACACUUAGUGUUUUCAUUGUUUGUAAAAGUCAGGGUGAUUUACUUGCUGAUUAUGUGAGCAUAAUUUCAACAGUCUGAAGAUGAAGGCCACUGAGAGAAUUUCUGGUCAGACAUUGAAUCAAUGCAGGGCUAAUUGAGGUUCAGAAUUUCCAUCCAAUGUUCUCUCUACUCAUGAUACAUUUCAUAUUUUAGGUGCAGAACAAAGCUGCAUGAGCCAUAUUUCAUGUCAAGGUUUGUGAACUACCUUUUAGGGUUGACGGUACUAGUUUGAUUUGCAACCCUUCUGAUCAUUCAGAUAUCUUUUUCCUUUGGCUAAGAUGAUUACAAAAAAGCCACAACAACUGAGGGACCAUAUUAUGAAUUCAUAUUAAAACAUCGCUUUUGUUCCCUCCAAGUACGGGAUAUUUUAAGGAAAGGAUUUAUGUAUAUACUGAUGUAUUUGACACUACAUCUCAUUUUCCAUUAUCACUUUUUUCCCCUUUUUCUCACCUCUCUUUAGGUUGUGUUUCUCACGAACCAUCUGCAUUUUGAAAUUAGGGCAAACAUGUCUUGAUGAUCCUAAUAAGAAUUCUGCUUAUGACAGAUUUUCUAUUUCAGGUUAUCUUCGAAAGGUCCUCCUUUCUUUAUAUUUUAAUAUGUAUCUAUACUUGAAUGUGAAGCUUUUUUAUACAAAAUACAUAUAUUAUAUAUACACAUGCAAUACACUAUAUAUAUGUACUAUAUAGUAUAUAUCUUAAAUAUGUAUGUAUGUACGUGUGUGUAUAUAUAUAUUUAUUUCUUAUUGAUCAAUUUCCAUCUUGGUACAUCCUGCCACGACUACUGGGACCUCUUUAUCUUAGGGUUGGUGUUAUUGCCUCUUUUGAUGGACUGUGCUCCAAACCAAUCCAUGCACGUUGUUAAAAGCCCAAAGCAUGAGAGUGCUGGAUCUGCAUUUUUCCUUCAGGCACAUCUGAGGGCUCUGUGCUGCUUUUCUGCAAAGCUGUAAAUCUUUCUUGUGAAGAUUUCAUUGAGAAAUAGAAUUCAUGCUUUACAACAGCAUGAGUUAACAGCUCAUGAAGGAGAAUGGUCCCAGCUGCGGGAUAUCAGCUAAACCAGUCUGAUUGUUUCCACUUGGUAAGUUUGGUACCAGCUGGAGAUACAGGGGAAGACAUUUACCACUUGAAAGCAAAAAAGCAGUAGAUCUUCUUAUCAUCUAAUUCAGCUUCCUGGGGAAUCAAGUGUCAAAAGAAGACAUCGGUUGCAGUAGUCAAGCUGCACCACAAUUUCUUCUUCCUUUUGCACCCAUAUUGUGGGAUGCUGCAUUGUCCCAAAGCAUUUCAGUGGGAUUCUCCAGCAGGGUGCACUGGACUUGCCAGAAGUGCAUCUAAAUCGGAAGCCAGUGUACUGUCUCUGUAUGAGCUAUCUGCACUGCCGCUAACCCCUGCAGCUGUAAUCACUCUCCCUUGCUAAUCUCCUGAUAGUAUCUUUCCUUUGUUUGGCUCUGACCCCAAAAGCUGUAGAUUUUAGUGGAAUUGCUGCUCUUUUUAAUCCCUGCGGUGUGCUGAAGGUUUUGCAUAGGCCAGAUCAAAUCAGUACUGUAUAAAUACCAGUGCAAACUUUUUUCCUACAGUUAAUACAGUGAUAGACUAUUUUGAAGACCAUGGAAUUAAUUAUAUUUAAUGGACUAUGAAGACUUGUGUGUAUUAAAGUAUUUGUAUAUUUUGAAGUGUUUGAUGUCCACAAAAUGAUGGGAAUUUUAUAUAAUAUGAUAGAAGACAGAGAAACUUGAUGUAGUGUUUAGGUUUUGGCUCUGGCUCAUCAUAAUGGGUGACAAAACCCCAGGAAAUACCUUAAUGAGGAUUGCCC